AUGUUCACCACCCGCACCGCCCUAAGCGGCCUUGCCGCAAUGGCGGCCCUCGGCGCGAACGCCUCGCCCCUCCUCCACAUGGACCGCCGCGCCGUCAACGCCACUGGCACCAACUCCACCGCCGCGCCCCCCGUCGUCACCCUCUCCAACGGCCUCGAGCUGCACGGCAAGAUCAACACCACCCGCUCCCCUUCCGUCGCGCAGUACCUGGGCAUCCCUUACGCGGCGCCGCCGACGGGCGACCGCCGGUUCGCGCCGCCGGAGCCGUGGGCGUCGCUGGUGGACAAGACGGUCGUCGACGCGUCGCAGACGCCCAAGAGCUGCUGGCAGUACGUCAGCGUCACCCCGGGCAUCCUGCGCACCGACGCGCCCGAGUUCAUGAUCGGCGACGCCGGCAUGAGCGAGGACUGUCUGACCGUCAGCGUGUGGGCGCCCGAGGCGAAUGUGCGGGGCAACGCGACGCUGAGCGAGGGCGAGAAGAGGAUUGAGGGGGGUCUGCCGGUGUUGGUGUGGUUUUAUGGGGGUGGGUUUGCGACGGGGGGCACGGAUGUGCCGUAUCAGAUUCCGGAUAAGUGGGUGGAGAGGAGUGGGGAGCAUUUGGUUGUUGUGUUCAACUACCGCCUCAACAUCUUCGGUUUCCCGAACGCGGCGGCGCUGGACGACAAUGUUCAGAACUUGGGUCUGAUGGAUCAGCGAUUUGCCGUCGAGUGGAUCCGUGACAACAUCGCCGCCUUCGGUGGUGACCCGGAGCAGAUGGUCAUCUGGGGCCAGUCGGCCGGCGCUGUGGCGGUUGACUACUACAACUUCGCACACGCCGAAGACCCGAUCGUUAAGGGCCUGAUCAUGGACUCCGGCACCGCUCACCUGGAUCAGCUGACCAGCUGGGACCUGGCGCACACCAACUUCACCUUCGUGGCGCAGAACCUUGGCUGCGGCAACCAGAGCAGCAGCGCGGCCGAGCUGGCAUGCAUGCGGCAGGUGCCCGACUGGAAGAUUGAGAAGUUCGUGGCCGAGUACGAGGACUCGGGCGCCAGCCCGAGCAUCACCUUCGCGCCGCGCGUCGACAACGUCUGGGUCUUUGGCAACUACACGGAGCGCAUCAAGGACAAGGACCUGGUCAGCGACCUGCCCGCCGUCAUCGGCUUCAACAAGAACGAGGGCGCCUUCCUGGCCUCCUACAACGCCACGACCGGACCCGACGCCGCCACCGUCGCUACCCUCGGCUACGAGUUCUUCUAUUGCCCGGCCACCAAGACGUCGAUCGAGCGCCGUGCUGCUGGCUUGACUACCCACCGCUACUUCUACUCCGGCAACUUCUCCAACGUGAGCCCCAUGUGGUUCGACGGCGCCUACCACUCGUCCGAGCUGCCCCAGCUGUUCGGCACCGCCAGCGAUUUCCGCGGCGAGAGCACCGCUUUCGAGGACGAGGUCAGCCACGCCAUGCAGGAUGCUUGGGUCACCUUCGCAAAGAACCCGAAGAAGGGCUUGAGGGAUCUCGACUGGCCCGAGUACAAGGGCCUCGGUGGUGAUGUCAGGCAGUUCGCCGUCGGCGAUGUCGUUGCCCAGACCGGUGAUGUAGUCAGCUUCGAGGAAGAGUGCCAGAGGAGGGGCCUUUUGUAA